GUAAUUGAAAUUCAAUUUGCUUCUUUUUUUUUUUUAUUUUCUUAUAAAAACCACAACCCCAUGAUUGAGAGCAACAGUGAAAGGAUGGAUAAAAUAAAGGAAACAGCAUCUAUUGCAAUUGCCCAGGCUAAUUUAUCGGAUCAAUUGGCGCAGCUCAUUUGGCGAGCCACUCCCAGUGAUAUUUCAUUGGGUCUAGUCGAGUCCAGUGAGGAGAUAAUGUCAAAUUUAUUGGGUUCAGAGACCAAGGAGCCAAAAGAGGAAACCAAAGAGGCAACAAUUGUGUCCUAUUUAAAUGAAGUGGAACGCGCUGUCUAUGGUGAUAAGGAUGGACAUCCGGAGAAUGGAAGCGUUAAUCAUUUUAAGGCUGCCGAGAAUUAUGCUGUGGCUGGUGAUAGAUUUUUGGAUUUUCCCCAAGAUCUAUCUAGUUGUUUCUCAAAUCUGUCGACUGAUGGCAAUUCGGUGGUCUCAUUACCAAUUGCUGCUACCAAUCCGCCGCCUGGUUUUGAUCGUCCAGCCAGAUCGGCUCUCUAUCAACGCAGACAUUCUCAGCAGCCGUCGACGUCAACUGCAGCAGCCGCAGGUUGUUCCUCCAAUUAUGCGAAUGCUAACAAUUCACCACCAAAGGGAGGCUAUAACAAUUUAUCUCCACAGCGGCAACAGCAAUUCCAGCGGCAACCGCCGAAUCAAUCCCCACGUCAAGGUGCUGGUUCGGAAUCCGCUCAUAUGGCCAACCAGAAUGCCAGCAAUGUCAAUGUAAAUGAUAAUUCAUCAUCGGUUCAGUAUCCGAAAGUAUUCAACCAACAACAAAAGCAGCAGCAACAACAAAAGCAGCAACAACUGCAGCAACAAUUGCAGCAUCAGCAGCAGACAACUAAUGCUGCUACGGCUGCUGUUGCUGCUGUUGCUGCUCAAACUACUGUGAACGAGAUUAAUCAUUUGUAUCAGCAAUUGAUGGCCUGUAAUCUUCAGCAGCAGCAGCAGCAACAACAACAACAACAACAAACAGCUACCAAUGCUGCUGCUGCCGCUGCCAUUAUAUAUGCAAAUUUGGAGCUGCAACAAGUUCAUUUGCGUCAAUAUCACUUACAGCAGCAAUUCCAGCAGCAGCAUCAGCAACAACAAUUACAACGUUCACCUCGUGCCAUGUAUAAUGUUGGCAGUGGAGUUAUACCGAUUCCGACACCAGGCAAGGAACCAUCUCAGCCGGCUAAAAAAUAACAACUCGAACCCAUCAUAAAUAUCAAAAUUUUGUUUUAUAAAUAAAUUUCUUUUAUAAAAAAAGAAAAAAGAAGAAAGAAAAUAAAAUCAGAAGCCAUUAUGAUUAUAUGACUUGGCAAAGUGGUUGAAAUAUUUUGGCAUAUUUCAAAAAGUUCAUAGAACUAGUUGUUAGCUAUUAACUAUAAAACAGUGAUUAAAACAAAAACGCGGAUUUCAUAA